AUGGCGCGAAUGAAGUUCCCAGGAUCUAACAAGAGCCGUUCACCGGAGAAAGAAAAGUCUUUGGAUAUGUCUGGACGUACGAGAAAGGACACGUUGAUUAAAAAACAGAAGAGAUCGGUUAUCAAGCCAGUUUUAAUUAGUCUUCGAAGAUACCGCGAAAUUUUUGGAGAUUCCGAUGAAGAGGUGAUUCGAUGUCUCUGUUUGCCAUGCACAUUUCAGUGUUUUGUUUAUCAAACCCUUUCAGUUCUGUCAGUGGUCAGUGAUUUUAGGCUCAAAUGUUGAUUUCUUUUUUAUCUAGGAAGAAGAAUUUUACGGCUUUCGAGCAGAGGAUUUAGGUCUCAAAGCAUAUCGCUCUUUUUCUGUCAGUCGAUAUUUGGAUGGCAGCGAGAGAGUCAGUUAUAGGAGAAAUAAUCAUGGCGCUCGAGACACUCAUUCGCGUCAUUCAGCAGGCCAUUCAUCAAAAUUGCCCCCAGAAUCUUCCCAUCAUAACAACAAUAUCAAGGAGACGGAGAAAAAGCAGACGAUCACAUCGCCUAGCCAAAACAUAUACGCAAAACAGUACAAGAAGAGAGAGUCGUACGAGAGACGCUUCGCGCGUCCUGUGGUUCGUGAGGCUGUAUUCGACAAUACUUGCUUGUCACCGAAUGUGAAAUCAACAACUCAGGUGAAGGCAAAUUUUGUACCUCGAGUCCCAAAACCUCCUCAAGUAGUUCUUUCCAAAAGCAUGAAAAUAUACGAAAGGAAUUUAUUUCCCUUCGCGGGUGUAAAAAAGAAAGCAGCCGUUCCACUGGCGAAACAGUUGUUGGCAAAGGCCAAGGAGGGACAGAGGAUUCGCAAGCAGAAUUCAUCGGUAAACAAACAUAGCGACCAAGUGCGAUCGCGGUUUGGGCGAGUUGUAAAGAGUAAAAAAUUGGAUUACGACGACGUAACCUCACCCAAAUUCAAAGCAAAGAGAGAAGAAACGAGAUCUGAAGCUGCCAACGAGAUCAAUCGAGGACAAAAGAGGCCCCUCGAGGAUGGCGAAUGUCCUCCUGAGAAAUCGCUACGACUGGCAGAGGUGAAGUUGGAGAGAAUGGAACUACCAGCCGAUCAAAGCGUCUACGUUCCUAAUCCAGGUAUUUAUAUUGUUUAUCAUGAAUAACUAGUUCUGUCAACAGUUGUGAACAGGUUGUAUUAAUUUAGAAGCCACUUGUAAGGAAGACUGGAAGUUUACUUGACGCGAAACCCCUAACUUUCUUUGAUUCAGUUCAAUGUCAGUAAACUGUUAAGCGAAUUUGCAGUGAUGAAAGAAAGAGAAGCAUCAGACCGGGAUUAUUUUUUUGACAUGCAAUUAAUUUCCCAUCAUCAUGUGCAUACAUAAAAGGGCUUGUAAAAUAUGUGAAAUAACUAUUUUUUUAAACAAGUCCUAAAGUGUCAUUUCAGCAAGGUUGUUGAAGGUAAUGUUGAGUCAGGGAAAUUUAAUAUUUUGGGAUGCAUUUUGGGAAAGAAAAUCAUUAAUGAAUAAACCUCUAUGGAUUAUUUGAGCAUUUCGUGUUCGUAUGGGUUGUUUUAUCUGGUUAGCAUUGCGAGUAAGAAAAUAAUGAUAUUCGUAUAUAAAUCAAACAUCAUUAAAUAUUACAGGAUGAGUGAUUUUAAAAAUUAUGCACUUCAACUUUGAGGUUGCCACAAAUAUUUGAUUUUUUGAUUUUCUCUUUGUAUUUCUCUGUGUAGCUCCUGUUGAUAAUAUUUUAAUGAAGUUUGUAUUUAUACUAAUUUGAUUUUUAUGUUUUUUUUAUUGUUUUCUUUUUUUUAAUAUUACCUAUAGCCAACUAAUAAAUGUUUAAUGGCAACGUAAUUUGUUGCAAAAUAUUAACAUUUUAAAGUCUUUUCAUCACAGUACAGUUUUGUUAAAAAAAAAAAAUUGGUGAAUUGAGUUCACCACAUUGUUUUUCUUAAAACUGCAUUGUUUACAUUACUAACAAAACAACUCGCUCUCCACUUAAAAUGCUGCUUCAUAGUUUUUAAAUAUUCCUCUUCAAAGUUAUUUUUGAAAAAUAAUACAAAAGUAAUAUUGACACAUAUACAGGAGUAUAGGACUACAAACCUUUGCUGCCAUCUUACGAAGAGCCUUUUGUGGUGGGUUUGUUGUACGUAAAAUCUUUUCUCAGGUUAAACUAGUAUGUCCUUUUUUAUGUAGCCCUAAUUAUUCAUAAGAAACAAAAAUAGAGAAAAUUCUGGUUUGACCUGAGGGUGAGUUAUGCCUACAACAAAAUACUCAGUCAGUAAACUAUUAUUAUCAUCAUCAUCAUCAUCAUUAUUAUUACCAGUAACAGUUGACACUUCAGAUGUUUGUCAUGUGUACAUGGGUUGAUCACUAGUUAUUAUAUAUUAUGAGUUUCUGAUAAUAAUGAUAAUCAUCAUCAUCAUCAUCAUCAUCAUCAUCGUUAUUAAUGUUGCUAUUAUUAUGCUUCAUAAAAUGUUAAAUGUCAGUGUCUGAGUACCACAUUUUGCAUUCCGAUAGAAUCUCCCACAGGAUUUGACAUCAGGCCUCUUGGUGCGAGUGAUGGGGGAAAGGUAUGAAGAUGUCUUUUUUUCUGCUGUUAAAUUUACAGUAUACUUCUAUCUAUAUAUUGUCCCUUUUUAGCCCACAUAUAUGUUAUGGAUCAAAUUUGAUUUCAGGUUAAAUUUUUUUAACCUGGGUUGACUCUCAGUUUCCUUUGUCUUCUAGGGCUAGAAAGGAAAUUGAGAAUCAACCUAGGUUAAAUCAAAAUUUACUUGAAAUUAAAUUUUACCUGUAUUAUAUAAAGCUACCUUGCAUUGUUCCCCAUUGCUGGAAAAAAUUUUUUGACGGAGAUUUCUGCAUUUUGGCCUCAGAAAUUCUGUACUGAUGAUGUAAAAGUAAUUCUCAUAUUAAAGCAAAAAUAUUCCCUAGAAAAUGAAUGUUUCUUGGUAGAUUCUGUGCGUGGUACAUUUUUGAACAAUAGUUGAAAGAGUAUAAUAUAUUUUAUUUCUUUGUCAACCAAUCAGUACUGUUAACCAUGUUCUGUACAGAUUAUGAAUUUUUUGGGCCAACUGAGAAUCAAACUGUUCUGAAACGGUUAACUUGAAUUUCAGUUUAAACCACAGCAGCUAUGUGCAGUGUUCUUUCUUGUUAUUUAUGUAGCAUAGCCUUCACCACCGAUGAAACUAAACUCUGGUUAAGUCUGUCUGUGAAACAGCACCAAAAUCUUGUUCAGGGUCCCCACCUGUGUACCAGGAUUUGAGUAAUCGUUGGGGACCCAGAACAUGGAUAUCAGCACUUCUUCACAGACGUUACUUACUGAGAGGUUAAAUUUGAUCUGCAAUGCGGGCUAUUUUUUAUACAGCUAUGAUUAUUUUGUUUUUUUAUUGUCAGAAUGGAAAGUUUGACUUCAAGGACAAAACAGCCAGCAAUUCCUCAGCUGAUGAGAAUCAGACUGUUACCAGGAAAACUCGCAUUAAGAACGCAAAGAGGAUUAAAAAUGCACUUACUGAAAGAAACCAUUAUCAACAGGCAAAGUUUCCUGGUCAUAAAAAACAGGGAGGAGCGAAUAGUAGAACUUCAAAUUCAGGGGACGAGCUAUCUAGCUCAAGAUUUAGAAAAGAGGGGAGACAAAUUAACAGUAACAGAGACUUAACAUCUACAAAGAGAUCAGAGAGAAUUAAAAUUAGGAAAAGAACACUGGAUGUUUCUGGUAUCAAACAAGAACAUGAAAAAGAGGAUUCUGAGGACCAAGUUAGUGAUGCAUCAUCCAUUUCGGAGGUUUCAUCUUUAGGUAGUAAUGUAUCUAAAAAAAGUACACCCAAUUCUACAAACAAAUAUGUGUUUAAAUCAAAACGUCUACAAGAGAUGCAAGAAAAAGUGGAGAAUGAGUUGAUUGAAGAUAAUUCAGUAGUGAACAGGGAUAACUUGGGAGAAAUUAAACAGCAGGGUGGGAAUGAAAAUGCUUGUAUAGAUUCUGACGGUGGAAUGAGUAGCCGUGCAUCAUCUCGACGGUCGAGUCAGGAAGAGAAGAGAGUUCAUAAGGACUCUGAUAAUGAGUGCCAGCCUCGUAAAGGGCUGGUGGUAGUGAAGAAAAGAAAAACAAGUGGGAAGAAGGCAGCUGCCUCAAGACUCCACAUAAUCAAAAAUGACAAUGAAAUUCCCAGCUCUAGUGAAGAUGAAGAAAGUAGCAAACCUCUUUCAGAAAUCAAAAAAGAAAUGGAGAAAUCACCUGAAGAACAAACAGAAAGGGUGGUGAAAAGAGUCAUCAAAGUUGUGAAGAAAGUACGAACAAAGAGUGGUGAAACCAAGACAAAGGUUGUGAAAAUUAUUAAGAAAAUGGGCGUGAGAAAGAAGCCAACUGAAAAAUGUGCUGUAGUCAGUGGGCGCAGGAGAGUACGUUGUGGAGUCUGCGAGGGUUGUAAAAUAGAGGAGGACUGUGGUGUUUGCCGUUGGUGCAAGUAAGUACUUUUCAUGAUCAUAAAUGAUGUGUUAGGAAACAAAAGAAACUGAAAGUCAAACCAGGCUGAAACCAUUUUAACCUGAAUUUCAUUUUGACCUACUACAUAAAAAUGUCCCUAGUAUGGGUCAACUAGGCAGAGAAAAUAUUCUGAAACCAUUACAAAAUGUUUUGAAAACUGAAUGAUUUUGAAAGCUGUCACUAAGAUGUCAAAUUGCCAAGGAGAUUUAACAAGUGGGUGGGGAAUUAAACAGCUAGGGAUUCCUUUGAUUCUAUUUGCAUCUAUUUUUUAUGAAAGUCGUCAGGGGACACAGGGUUGUCAAAAGUAGCCGGCUGCCGGCAAAAAUUGUUACCUACUUGGUUAGUAUCGGCCAGCUACUCUGCUUGGCAUUUCUUUGUGGACGGCAUUUUUUAUUUUAAAUAAAAGAUCCCUGGACUGGCCGCUUACUUUGACAACUCAGCUGUCUACGUCAAAACUUUCUGACAACUUUGGACCAACACCUUCAUAGUAACCAGGGGAAAUUCCUGACCCCCAGAACUUAAUGACAGCCCUGUAUCUUUAAAGAAAGGGGUAUUGUGUGAUGCAAAAUGAGAAUUAUAGAUUAUAUGUAUUUCACCUAAAUUUUUUACUGCAGGGACAAACCAAAGUUUGGAGGACCAGGAAUAUGCAAGCAAUCUUGUGUGUAAGUAGUUUGUGGUGUAAUGAUGAUUGUCAAGAUAUGUAAAAUAGUUUUACUGGAGAACCAAUGAAUUACUCACCAUCUUUAUUUUAAAUUUCAGUGAACGCAAGUGUCUUGAUCCUCAGCCCCCAAAACCUUUGGGCAGUGCUGUUCCCAAGAAGUCAGAGAAAGGUAUUUUUGGGCUCACCCAAAAUUACUUGUUUAUGGAACAUAAGAUCUACUACAUAAAUUACUAAAGUUUCCCUUAUCUUGAACUUCAGGAACCUGCUUCUUACUUCCAUUUACUAAACCUGUAACAGGCUGGAUUCAUUCAGUGUAAAAAUUUCUCAUUCUUAACUUUACUUAAUGAAAGAAAUGUUCAGCUACGUGCAACUUUUUGUUGAGAUCGAUCAGACUCAAUGUUUCCAGCUGUUAGAAGUCUGCUGGUUGCUGGCUUCUAUUGAGAAUCGUCCUGGGAUUCUCACAGUUUUGAGAAUGUUAUUGGCCGGUAGAAAUUCAAAUACUNAUCUUUAUUUUAAAUUUCAGUGAACGCAAGUGUCUUGAUCCUCAGCCCCCAAAACCUUUGGGCAGUGCUGUUCCCAAGAAGUCAGAGAAAGGUAUUUUUGGGCUCACCCAAAAUUACUUGUUUAUGGAACAUAAGAUCUACUACAUAAAUUACUAAAGUUUCCCUUAUCUUGAACUUCAGGAACCUGCUUCUUACUUCCAUUUACUAAACCUGUAACAGGCUGGAUUCAUUCAGUGUAAAAAUUUCUCAUUCUUAACUUUACUUAAUGAAAGAAAUGUUCAGCUACGUGCAACUUUUUGUUGAGAUCGAUCAGACUCAAUGUUUCCAGCUGUUAGAAGUCUGCUGGUUGCUGGCUUCUAUUGAGAAUCGUCCUGGGAUUCUCACAGUUUUGAGAAUGUUAUUGGCCGGUAGAAAUUCAAAUACUGCUCAACAUUCUUGGUGUAACUGUGUGAUAUAUUUUUUGGUGUAAAAUACACCAAAUAUGACAUAUUUGUAAACCCUAAUUGUUGCUUGCAGCAAUAAUGUUUUGAAUUCAUAACAACGCAUCGUGUUCAAAACCCUUUAAUUCCCAAGAUUGACCAACACCUAUUUUCUUUGAACAGCGUCAAUACAUCGUCAAGGGGAAUGUUAUGAGAAUAAAUAAAAUAACCACCAAAGGCAAUUAAAUGUUUUGAACUUUUGUCAGAUUCUUUCAGCUUAUUCUUGAAGGAAAUGUAUGGAUCUCGGUCUGGAGAAUCUGUAUUUAGAUACUGGAGCUUUAAGGCUCACAUUCAACUGAACGGCUUUGCAAGUCCUGUAUUCCAGAAAAAUGAUUUCGUGUAGUUGAAAAUUGCCAUCUUCAGUGUGUGAGAGUCAAAAGUGAACACUUUACCCAUCAAAACACUGAAUUUGAUAAAAGGAGUGUUUGAAAAGAAAAACACAUGCGCGAAAAGCCGCUUGGGUGAACAUGGGCCUUAAACUGACAACUAACUGGGCUUUUUGAUCAUCAGCAAAACCAAAGGUGAUACCUAAAAAAGAAGGAAUUCCCAUGAAAAAGAUUUUCAGGAAAGAACAGAGUCAGGUUCCCCAAUCCAAGAAAAAGUCAAGUGUUCAAGUCAAACCACCAGCUGCUGGCAAGAGGCAGGCAGUGCUGGAUGAUAAGAACCUUGUUAAGCUGCCUUGGAGUGUAAGUUAAUGAUAGUAAUUGUUAAUAUUCCAAGGGAAUUACCCGAUUAGUCCCAGGACCCCACACCUUUUCACCAGCUGAGUGUUGACUGACAUUAUGUCGUAAUGUGAUCACUUGUCUCCCGCAGUUGUUCAAGUGCUUGUGUUCUUUUCUUCCCUCCAGCCCUGGGGACUUCUCUUCCCUGGGUCUCGGUUUGCUCAUUAAAGAUGCUUAAACAGAUCUACUGGCUUGUUGUCUGCUGAGGUGCACAGGGGACACCAGGGAUAAUAAUAACACACACCUGGGAUUGUGAUCUUGUAAAAACUUUAAAAUUAAUUUUUUGUUUAUGGCGGAAUCGGAGCACUUGGCUUCAGAUUUAGCAGGUUUGUGACACUAAGGCUGUGCUCUGGUGGUACCCAGGAGCUCUUGGUGCCUAACUUUUGCUCCUGGGCCAGAAGAAAAUCUUAGUUCUUUUUUCAUAGAACCAUAAUGUUAGACACCCUGGAUUUCAAUUUUUUUAGAGCACAGCCUUGGGCACUCAAAAUAACAUACAUGUUAAGAGUACAAUUGAUUGAACAAACCUAUAGGAUUGUGAAAAACUCUAACUGGGAGCUUGUGACAGUCUUGUACAUGGCAGGGUACCUUUGGGAAAGUGUAAGCCAUAAUUUUUUGACUGGCACUUUGCACUACUUUGAUGCAGAAUCACCUUUGAAAAAGUACAAGAUAGUUUUUCUUAAACAUGACCUGUACCAGCUGAGACCCUAUGGCAAAGGCAAACGGCAAAGGUGACAUUUUGUAGAGUGAAGAAGUGAACAGUCAAGUUGAAAGGGCCUGGGGAUCUAAAAGUCAUUUUGUGUAGGUAUAUGAAAUCUAGGAUGCUAAAAGAAUAACAGUAUAUUUUUAUCAUUUAUUAGGAUAACAGUACUGAGGAGGAGAUCUGGAAGGAAGGAUUUGGGAUUUGUUUUACUGCUGGUGUUCCUAGUGCAAUAAAGGAACUCUGUUUUCUUUGUGGCAGCAAGGGCACAGAAAAGGUUUGAGAAAAAUGCUCUGUUAAUCUGUGUAAGAGAUUUUAGAAUAAUAACAAUAUGCAUGAAGAGAUAAUGAAAAGUUAUGAGCCUGGGCCGGAUUGUUCUAAGCUGGCUUAAGAUAACCCAGGGUAAGUGUGAAAUGUGCUUAAUAAGCAAAUUCAGUUUAAUUCUUUUGGUCUAUAAUUAUUUUGGUGAUUGGAUGCUCUAAAAAGAAUAGGGAAAAUUAUCUGAGAAAGUGUUUAAAAUAACCGAAAAAGGAGCAUGGAUUAAAAUUUAACCCCAUUUAAGCACUAAUCUGCCUUUGAACAACUUAGCCCUGGUGAACUAUUAAGAUCCAUAGUAUUAACAUUUCCAUCAAAACAUCCCCACUGUAUUUUUAACUAUGUUGCACAAGGUUAUUUUAACUUGUGAACAUGUAAAUGAAAAUACUCAAUUAUGACUGUUCAAAUAAAAGCCACUAAAGUCUUAUGUCACUGUGGACUGAUUAUUUUGUGUAAAAGUCAGAUUUUUUCUGUCAUUUUUAUUUCAGCCAUUCUAGGAGAGUCACAUUCUUGUUUUGUCUUGUUUGUAGAUGUAUUACUGCAGAGUUUGUGCUGAACCUUUUCAUGGGUUUUGUCUUGAUGAGACUCCAAUAGAUGAGAGCACAUGGUGCUGCGAUAACUGCAGCAGCUGUUCUGUUUGUGGAUAUCAGGACAAGGUAAAGUAAUAGGACAGUUUCUUUUGUCCUCCACUCAUGUUCUAUUUUUUCUUUUUUUGUUUGUUUUUCCUGAAAUAUAAAGUGCCUUUGGUUCUCACUGACAAUGGAGUCAGAGUCAGAGUCAUUAUCAGAAAGUUAGAGCACUUAUGAUCAAGUGAAAACCCUGUUACUAUUGUUUACAAUCUAGUGAAAACUAGACUGUUGAUAGUCACAAUCAGAAGAACUUAGCUAAUCACAAGGUCAAGGUUUUGGAAAUGAGCAAAUGUAAUAAGGUUUAGUCUUUCUCUUCAUAUUUUGACUCUGUCAAUCCUGUCGUUAAUAGAUUGUUAGCUACAGUAGAGUUAUCAGUGGAGUCAGAGAAGAGUGGAAACUUUAAUCUGUUUCUUGCAAAUGUGAUUCCAUCGAUUAUGACUCUGUUGCUAGUGAAAAAAACAGCCAUUGGGAAACUACCUGAAAUACAUACUCUGCAUUUCUAACUGUCAACUUCUUCUGCAAGGAUAGCAAAUCCUGUCAGGAUGCCCACGAGCUCCCACGAGAAUGAAAAUCUCUGAGAGUUCCUUUAGAUAUUGUUAUUAAAUGAUUCAAUCAUUUCAACAAACAUUCUCUGACUGCUUAAUUCUCAGCUUCUGAUGUGUGAUCGCUGCCAGCGGGGUUAUCAUGUGGAAUGUAUUGGUCCUCAUUACCCCACAGAACCAGAAGGAGAAGAUGAUGUGUGGGUAAGUGGUUCUUUUUGUUGUAAAAUUCAAACUUAAGUCACCAACGUUACAGCAAAUACCUAUCAUGUGUACACCUCUUGAAGAUGGAUAUGCCUCUGGAAGGGGCACGUUACGUCAAAGAGCUAAAAAACUCGUUCAAAAUAGGAAUGUGUAAUGUGUNAAGAGUGGAAACUUUAAUCUGUUUCUUGCAAAUGUGAUUCCAUCGAUUAUGACUCUGUUGCUAGUGAAAAAAACAGCCAUUGGGAAACUACCUGAAAUACAUACUCUGCAUUUCUAACUGUCAACUUCUUCUGCAAGGAUAGCAAAUCCUGUCAGGAUGCCCACGAGCUCCCACGAGAAUGAAAAUCUCUGAGAGUUCCUUUAGAUAUUGUUAUUAAAUGAUUCAAUCAUUUCAACAAACAUUCUCUGACUGCUUAAUUCUCAGCUUCUGAUGUGUGAUCGCUGCCAGCGGGGUUAUCAUGUGGAAUGUAUUGGUCCUCAUUACCCCACAGAACCAGAAGGAGAAGAUGAUGUGUGGGUAAGUGGUUCUUUUUGUUGUAAAAUUCAAACUUAAGUCACCAACAUUACAGCAAAUACCUAUCAUGUGUACACCUCUUGAAGAUGGAUAUGCCUCUGUAAGGUGCACGUUACGUCAAAGAGCUAAAAAACUCGUUCAAAAUAGGAACGUGUAAUGUGUAGAUGUGGUAGGGAAACCUUCACUUUUCUGUUUUUAAGUAUAUAUAUAGUAAUGUAAGAAAUGUCUUUGAGGACAAAGUGUCUUAAAUUUUGUCACUGAUUGGCGAUCUUAUAAUGUAGAUGGUUUAAGUAACCUUUAUGAUACAGAUAGUUAACCUUGUUAUGCAUUUCAGGCAGAAUGUGUUAAAUAAUUUCAUUGUUGUAAAUCUUGUCUUGUUUCUUACUAGGUAUGUGGUCGUUGUGUUCAGUGUAAGAAUUGUGGAAAGAGGACUGCUGGAGAGGUAAGCUGCUUACUGCCACUAAAUUAUUUUGUGGAUUAGAUAAUAAGUGUUGUGUUCUGCUGAGAGAGAAAUGAAAUUUCCCUUGUGCUGGAAGUCUGCUGGUGUGCUUAUUGCCAUUUAUUUAAACCAUCAGUUUGAAAAUUGUUUGCAUUACCAAUUUAAAUGUAAUAUUGAAGAUAUGACCUUUGCAGUUUUAAUUGCUUUUUAAACAAUUGCAAGUUAACCUGAGAUGAGGCUCAAUUUUUGUUUCGCUUUGUGAUAACAUUCCGGCUGGCACGGCGAAACGAUAUUAGCAGUAGCCGUUGGGGAGAAUGACUUGUAUGAGAACCGCUAAAAUUGGGCCUGAUCUCAGGUUAUUGUAAGUUAAUUGCAACAACAAUGUGGUGGUCCUAUCUUCAUUGAGAUCUAUAAUCCCACCAUUCACAUCAUCAUCAUUCUAUAUAACCAAUACCUUAUGGGAGAUUAACCACUAUUACAUGUAAGUGUAGCCAGAUCAGGUGAAGGAAGGAAAAAUAUAGGAAAAAAAGCAUCACGUCAAACAACAGCCCAUUUCCAACCAGAAUAGCAGGAACCCUAUCUAACCCUUUUUUUUAAAUUAAGUCUUAGAUUUUCUAUGAAGAAACACAGCCUUAUACAUGUAUAGUCAAAUUUAGUGACACUGACAACAUUUUCUUUUAGAAACCUGAGGCCUUGUGGAUGCUGGAGUUUACACAUUGCCAAGACUGUGGCCUCCAAAGACAACAGGGUAACUUCUGCCCCCUUUGCGACAAGUGCUAUUCUGAUGACGACUUUGAAUCUAAAAUGGUGCACUGUGUUCAGUGUGAUCACUGGGUGCAUGCCGAGUGUCAAGGCAUCACCUUGGAUCAGUACGAGUGUUUGUCAGACUUGCCAGAAGAAGUACAGUUUAUCUGUAGGCAGUGCUGUUCAGAACAGGAGACGCUGAACUGGUACAAAGAGCUCAUGGAGGAGAUGGAAGCUGGUUAUGAACGGGUA